AUGCCCGGGCUGAUAAUAUCUAUCUAUCUAUAUCAUUCAUUCAUCUAUUCAUCUAUCUAUCUAUCUAUCUAUCUACCCAUGUCCUUUCUACCGCCGCUGGCUAGAAGCAAUGCGAAAAGUGGAGCCGAGUGUGUAAGUCUUCCCCUGCCAGUAUAUAGCCUCUCCAUCAGCAAGCCCUAUGUAGUGCCUCCUCGUGGCGACACAUGUUGGUUAUUUCUGACAGAAGAUUUAACUGGAAAUGCUUCCGACAAUCAUCUAUUGAUGUCAUGGGACCAUUUGUUUUUUUUAACAUCUACCCAAUGUCUGUCUGUUUAUCAGUUUUCCUUUCUUUCUUUCUUUCUUUUUCUUUUUUUCUUUCUUUCUUAUCUUGUUGCAUCUACCCGAUGUCUGUUUGAUUGUCUUUUUUCUUUCCUUUCUUCUUUCUUUCUUUCUUUCUUUCUUUCUUUCUUUUUCUUUCUUUCUUUCUUUUUAUUCUUUCUUAUCUUGUUCGAGGCGAUAACGUCACGUUUCUUUCCUUCUUUCUUUCUUUCUUUCUUUCUUUCUUUCUUUCUUUCUUUCUCAAGCUGCUCAUACAUUGUUUCUAUCUAUCUAUCUAUCUAUCUAUCUGUCUGUCUGUCUGCAGGUCUGUCCACUCUAGGUUUCAUACCUAUCUAUCUGAAUAAUUUUGAUUGUCUCUAUCUACCUCUCUCUAUCUGCCUCUCUCUGUUGGUCCAUAUAACUGGCAAUUUAUUUUAUUCUGUUCAUAUGUAUCUAUCUAUCUAUGUAUCUUUCUUUCUUUCUUUCUUUCUUUCUUUUCCCUUCCUUCGUCUUCUUUAUUUGUUUUUUCCCUUUUGCGACCUUUCGUCUUCCCUUCUUCCUUUUCUUUCUUUCUUUCUUUCUUUCUUUCUUUCUUUCUUUCUUUUCCCUCCCUUCGUCUUCUUUAUUUGUUUUUUUCCUUUUGCGACCUUUCGUCUUCCCUUCUUAGCAUUUUAUAUACUUCCGUUUCUUUCUUUCUUUCUUUCUUUCUUUCUUUCUUUCUUUCUUUCUCAUGCUGCUCAUACAUUGUUUCUAUCUAUCUAUCUAUCUAUCUAUCUAUCUAUCUAUCUAUCUGUCUUCCAACUGAAUAAUUUUGAUUGUCACUCUAUCUACCUCUCUCUAUCUGCCUCUCUGUCUGUUGGUCUAUAUGACUGGCAAUUUAUUUUAUUCUGUUCAUAUCUAUCUAUCUAUCUAUCUAUCUAUCUAUCUAUCUAUCUCAUUCUGUUCAUAUCUAUCUAUCUAUCUAUCUAG